ACUGCGCAUGUGCAGGACCCAGCAGGUCUAGAGCUUCUCUGUGUCUCUCCGGACUUCGAGCCAUGGCGGUGACGGAAGCGAGCCUGUUGCGCCAGUGCCCGCUGCUUCUGCCACAGAACCGGUCGAAAACCGUGUAUGAGGGAUUCAUCUCGGCUCAGGGAAGAGACUUCCACCUUAGAGUAGUGUUGCCUGAAGAUUCACAACUGAAGAAUGCAAGAUUAUUAUGUAGUUGGCAGCUGAGAACAAUACUUAAUGGAUACCAUCAAAUAGUACAACAGAGGAUGCAGCACUCUCCUGAUCUAAUGAGCUUUAUGAUGGAGUUGCAGAUGCUUUUGGAAGUUGCCUUAAAGAAUAGACAAGAGCUAUAUGCACCACCUCCUCCUCCCCAGUUCUACUCAAGCCUUAUUGAAGAGAUAGGAACUCUUGGUUGGGAUAAACUUGUGUAUGUGGAUACCUGCUUCAGUACCAUCAAGUUAAAAGCAGAAGAUGCUUCUGGUAGAGAGCAUUUAAUAACUCUCAAGUUGAAGGCAAAGUAUCCUGCAGAAUCACCAGAUUGUUUUGUGGAUUUUCCUGUUCCAUUUUCUGCUUCCCGGACACCUCAGGUAAAUUCUCCUCAGAGCUCCUUAAUAAGCAUUUAUAGUCAGUUUUUGGCAGCAAUAGAAUCACUAAAGGCAUUCUGGGAUGUUAUGGAUGAAAUCGAUGAGAAGACCUGGGUACUUGAGCCAGAAAAACCUCCACGGUGUGCAACAGCACGCAGAAUUGCAUUAGGGAAUAAUGUUUCCAUAAAUAUAGAGGUAGACCCCAGGCAUCCUACUAUGCUUCCCGAGUGCUUCUUUCUUGGAGCUGACCAUGUGGUAAAACCCCUGGGAAUUAAGCUGAGCAGGAACAUACAUUUGUGGGAUCCAGAAAAUAGUGUGCUACAAAACUUGAAAGAUGUUUUAGAAAUUGAUUUUCCAGCUCGUGCUAUCCUGGAAAAAUCUGAUUUUACUAUGGAUUGUGGAAUUUGUUAUGCUUAUCAACUUGAUGGUGCCAUUCCUGAUCAAGUGUGUGAUAAUUCCCAGUGUGGACAACCUUUCCAUCAAAUAUGCUUAUAUGAGUGGCUGAGAGGACUACUAACUAGUAGACAGAGUUUUAACAUCAUAUUUGGUGAAUGUCCAUAUUGUAGUAAGCCAAUUACCUUAAAAAUGUCUGGGAGGAAACACUGAAAUAAGAAUAUAACAUCUUGGUGAAGAGCUGGAAACGUAAAAAGUUAUCAAAAGGAAUUUUGAUAUCUUCAGAGAAAAUAUAAAGCAAGCAAUACUAACAUCAAAAGGACAAGUAUGGUGAUGCUAUAAUAAUAAACAUCUGCGUUUGUCUCUUCACUAAGAGUAAACUGGGAAAUUGUAGGCCAAAGUCCAGUUGAACUUUCUGUGAUCCCCGUGCUGACUGUGGAAGUGUAUUUAUACCAAGAUGGAGAUCUUGACUUCUUGAAUAUAUCUGGACUGGUAAAAUCUUGAUGAAGUUCAUAAAAUGAGUUUGGGAAUUGUCUGUAGUUCAAUUUUUGUGGGAAACUGUUUGCUUCAUUCAAAAGUUCUUGAGACUCUUGAUAUUUCUCUCUUAUCCUUGUGCUUUCCUAUGGAAAAAAUACAUAUAUAGUUUGUUAGAUGUGAGUUAUCCAAGUAUUUAUUUUGUGUAAUGUAUAAGAAUGCUAAAUAAAAUGUUAUACAAGAUCAA